AUGAAUGCGAACAAUAGUAACAAUAAUAUUAAUAACAAUAAUCCAUUUAGUAAUAAUAUAAUACAACCGAUAUCACAAAUUGAGAACUUUCAAUUACCAACCUCAUUAACCAAUGCCUUUGAAGAAGAUACCGACAGUGACAUGGCAUUAGAUAGUGAUGAUGAUUUUGAUGACCUUGAAAAUUAUGACCUAAGUGAUGAUAAUGAUGAUAAUGAUUACAAUAAUAAUAAUAAUAAUAAUAAUAGUAAUAAUAAUGAAAUAAAUGAUGAAGAUUCUGAUAGCGAUCAAAAUAAUUAUAACAACAAUUCAAAUUCUAAAUCAAAAUUAAAAUUAUCAAAAUCAUCAACUGAACCAAAAGAAAAGAAACCACCAAAUGCUUUCAUUUUAUUUACAAUGGAUAAAAGAAAAGAAUUAAGAACAAAUAAUCCAGAAUUAACAAAUGCGAUGGUUUCGUCAUUACUUGGUAAAGAAUGGAAAGAGUUACAUCCAAGUGAAAAGAAGAAAUAUGUUGAAAAAGCAGCCACUUUUAAAAAAUGA